AUGGCAGCAAGCGAUGCCAAGGCCGCGUACGAAGCCGUCGCCACCCAGCUGAAGACGCCGCAGCUGACGACGGCGGUUGAUGCGUUCGAGCUUCCGUAUACCGUGGCGCCGCGGCUCCGCGUCGAUACGAUGCCCAAGGUGCUGGCGUGCCCGCUUGCAGUGCACGAGGUCGACCAACUUGCAGUCGCGUACACGCUCUCGCCGGGCGUCGUGCUUUUGCCAGCGAUGAGCGCGCGCGUCGACAAUACCAAUGCGUGGCGCAAGACCUUGGCGCGUGUCGAGCCGAUCGUGUGGGACGUGCUGUGGCCGACCUCGCGCUUCCGACUCGCGCUGGCCCAUGUGGCGUUGGAUGCGACUGGCUCGUCGGCGUGCCUAACGCCAGCCUCGCGACUGCCGCACACGAUCGGGACAGUCGUCAUCUCGCUGCCGACGUUCCAUCGCGGUGGCAACGUGACGUUUGCCGGCGGCCGUCACCGCUCGUAUUGCACCCAGCAUGCAACAACGACCCACGUCUGCGCUCGGGACGACAACACCGAGACGACCGACACCAUGUUCUUCCACAACUGCACGCGCGGGUUGCAGCUCGAGGCGUACGCCCAGCAGCACGCUCUCCAAGGACGAUGGCUCUACAACCGGCUGCCCGACGCGAUCGUGGCGCUCGUCUCGUCGUAUCUCAAGCCUCGCGUGUCGAUGCUGCGCCUUCUCGAGCGCAAGAUCUACGACCCGCUCUUCGUCGUCGGCGUCGCCAUCGUUGACGUCAAAGCCCAAGGCCUCGCGCUGAACGACUAUUGGUAUGCAGCGGUCGUCGUUCAAAGCUUCUUGGUCGGCGAGUACGACUACGACGACGUCCGCUACAACGUACAGACCGUCAUUGGCCUCCUCGCAGCCGGUGCGCGCACCGGGCACCUCGACGCAGUGCUCACCCAAUGCGUCGUCGACCGGGAACUUGUGGUCGUGCCAGCGCUGGUUGCCGUCGCCCACCGGUGCCCGAGUCUCGCGACACCGGCGUUUAUCGCGAGUGCAUCCAGUGUGAUUCUCAACACGAUAGUGCGCAACGAGAGCGCGCUACCGUCGAUGGACGCGAUGCUGCGCGCGUACUUUGCUUCGCUGCCAACGCACCGUGGCCACGGCCCCCGCACGUGUGUGGUCGCCAGCGCCUUUGAAUUCAUUCGGACCCACGACCGUGCGAACCUCGGUGGGUUCACCGACAAGUGGCUUGCGUCGCGCCCGAGUACGACGCUUUUGUACGACGCCAUCGUGCUCCUGCAGUCGACGCUCGGCCUCAUCGAGAGCGACGUGCUUGUGCGCCUUGGGAUGGCGUAUUUGGAUGCAACGUCGUAUCGCGAGAGCGACGUCGUCUACGCCGACUACUGUCUGCAUGCGAUUGCAGUCCCGGAAGCGUGCUGCUCGUCCUGCGGCGACUUUGGACGCUUUUUGCUGGCGCCGCUGGAAGUCGAGCACCGCUUUUGCGUCGAGCAUCUCUGCGCGUCGAUCAUGGCGGUCGUGUCGGCGCACCCGCUGCAGCUUCGGACGCAUGAACACAGUGUCUUGGAGUUUGGCGACGUGACCAUGUGGGGCAACGCGAUUGGCUACACGACGGCCGCCCCCACGCCCGUUGUCGACAUUCUCAAGGUGCGCCAGCCCGGCCAGCUCUUGCCAAGCGACCUCCGCCGUUGCUUGAAGCAGUCGAAGACGACGUCGACGUCGACCGUGUACCGACGCGGCGUCGUGGACGAGCUUAUGACGCGCUUGAAGGCGGCGACGAUGCGCGAAGAAACCCGCGCGGCGACCGCGGAGUAG